AUGCCAUUCUUCGGCAACUUCCCGGGUCGAUCCUCGAUCAGCAAACUCCCGCCCUUUGCCAAACCCACGUCCCCCAUCCCUCUAUACUCAAAACAUCUUCCUCUCAAGACCGUCAAUAGCACGCGUCCCAAGCUCUCGCUCGAAACGCUAUCUUCCUUCAAAAUGUCUUCCGGCAAAAUGUCUUCUGGCAAGAAGACUCGUUGGAUGCCAAAUGACAUACGGGGCAUUUUACACCACAUCGUCAUUAUUCUGCCUUUAUUUAUCCUCCUCCCCAUCAUUGGUUUCAUGGGCACCUUUGUGUCACAGCUUAACGCGGCCUCUUCUCCUGUCCCGUCUUUAUUGAAUGCGACAUUCGCUUUUGCCUGUUUAGCCUCGGUGUAUGUCUUCAUCCGAUGGAUCCUACUCAUUCGUAAUAAGAAGAUUUGGGUCUGCUUCUACUUCUUUCCCGACUUGUGUUUCUUCGGCGUCUUUCUCCUUCUAACUAUUCUCCCCCACAAACCUAUGGCGGCUAUGAAGUGCACCUCUCUCCCCAAACAUGGCGGCAACACGGCCAACUUCAUACACUCGUUCUACGCCAAUGCCGGUCAAGCAACAGGCGACAAUUUCGAGUGGUUGGUUGAUCCUAGCCAGGAGCUAUGCCGUCAAAUCCAGGCCAUCUGGGGCCUGUCCUGGGCAGCAUUCUUUUGGUUCAGUGUUUAUAUGAUCGUCGACUGGAUUUACGUCAGCCGGGGCGAAGGUUCUGCAAAUGCCCUGCGCAGUGCCCGAAGCCUUGGGACAAUGGCCAUGGCGACGGCACAGCACCAGGACUGGAGGCCACUGUAUGAUGGCGACGAGAAUCUCGGCGGGAACAUCCCCGUUCAGAUAUCCAACGGCUGCUAUCCCAACUUACCCCGGCCACCCGCGGCAGCGAAAAAGACGAAGCGCAGAGUCAGGCAGCAGGCUGAGGAGAUACCACCGCUACCACCACUGCCGGCCUUCGUGGCUCAAACGGCUGACAGUUCCCUCAUCUUCCCCCAGGUCACAUCUUAG